GACAAGGGGGUGGGGUGGUGGAACUGAAAAGGUGACUCAGCCUGGCUGGGGAGGAAUAAGGAGAGAAUGGAUGCAAUGCAGUGCUCUUGAGACCAGCUGGGUGCCAACAGCGCCAUCCUGGCCCAGCUUCCACCCCUCAAUGCCAUGUGGCUGCUGCCUCUGGCCCUGGUCCUGGUCUUGUCACACGCCAUCUCCCAGGAACUCCCCAAGAUUAUCAACAGCUCUAAUGGUGGCCAGGGUGCCCUCCCUGGAGUCAGGGAAUGCACCCCCCAUUCACAGCCCUGGCAGGCUGCUCUGCUUGUGAAUCGACGGCUGCUCUGUGGGGGCAUCCUUAUCCACCCCAGCUGGGUGCUGACUGCAGCUCAUUGCCUGAAGGACCAGUACAUGGUGGUCCUGGGUAAACAUGCCCUGAGUCACUGGGAAGAAGGAGAGCAAGCCCAAAAGGUCAUCCGCUCUAUCCCGCACCCACUGUACCGGAGCAGCCCAACCCACCACAACCAUGACCAUGAUAUUAUGCUCCUGCACCUUCAGAAGCCAGCCCAGCUGAAUGACCAUGUCCAGAUCCUCCCCUUGCCCAACCAGGACUGCCUGCCUCCUGGCACCUGCUGUAUAGUGUCAGGCUGGGGCACUACCACGAGCCCUCAGGUGAGUUACCCCAAAACCCUCCAGUGUGCUGAAAUUCAACUUCGCUCAGAUGAGGAAUGUCAUCAUAACUACCCCGGGAAGAUUACACCCAACAUGCUGUGUGCUGGAUCCAAAGAAGGUGGCAAAGACUCUUGUGAGGGUGACUCAGGGGGCCCACUGGUUUGUAACGGUACUCUGCAAGGUGUGAUCUCCUGGGGGGACUUCCCAUGUGGCCAGCCCAACCGACCAGGUGUCUACACUCGUGUAUCCCGUUAUGUGGACUGGAUCCGGAAUACAAUCCAGGCGGGGGAUCCCCGGAGGAAGAAGGGCGUGGAAUAAAGUCGUAGUCUUGAGAUCAGCUGAGCAACCUUAUUCCUCCCACAAGCUCUGCCUGCCUUUCCCUAGCAGUUCUGUGAUAUUUGAGAAUCCUAGGCCCCUCAGAGACAAUGUUCUGGAUUGUUCUGGAUCUGUUCCAGGCCUUUAAAAAAUUCUGGUGUUGUGGAUUUAUUCCUGACUGUCCAAAAGCAGAGGACAAUUUUCUGUGUCCAUCCAUGAGAUUUUGGACCCUCAAGAUGGAAUAUUUCCUACCUAUUCCUGACAUUCUAGGCCCCUCAAAUCUCAUCGUCUCUGAUCCCAACAUUCUGAAUCCCUAAGAUUCUCCACUUACAUCAACAAAUGUGCAAUAAUGCUGGCCCUGUGCCAAGAGCUGGGGCAGAGGCAGAAUUUAGACAAGAGAUGACCCUUGCCCUCAUGGAGCUCAAGGUUUAGUGGGGAGGAGGGGAAGGGAGGGGAAGGGAGGGAGAAGACACAAGGCCAGAGAAGUAGAAUACAUUCAUCAUGUGAGUUUAAAUGCUGCCUCAAACACUAACUGGUUGUGUGACCUUAGGCACAUCUGUAAAAUGGGGAUAAUAAUAGCUCUUACCUCUCAGGAUUUUUACGCAGAUCAAAUAAGAAAAUAUAUGUAAAAGUGCUUUACAAACCAUAAAACACUGUAUAGGCGCUAUUCUUCUCUCUCAUUAUUAUUAUGGAGGCAGAAAGCAAGGACUUUGUGAGUUCCAUCAAGGGAAAGAUGGUUCUAGCUCAGAAGUGGUUGAGGAAACUUCCUGGAGAGGUGUGUGGGAAUCAAGCAGACAUUAGGAGGGCAGGACAGUCCAGGCACAGGCAACAGCAAGAGAAGAGGCUUGGAGGCAGGAAUUUGUGUGAAGGGGGCAGAGAGUAGACCAGCCCCAAUGGCAUCUAGUGAUCUAGGAUCAUAGUGCUAGGGCUGGAAAGGUCUUCAGAGGCCAUCUGAUGCAACUCCCUCAUUUUACAGGGGAGGAAACUGAGGCCCAAGGAUGUUAGCUGACUCUCAUAAGGUCACACAGGUUACUAAUAAGUGAUAGAGGUGGAAUUUGAAUCCAGGUCUUCAGAUUCUAAAUUCAUUGCUCGUUCCAUUCUGAAUGAUAUGCGUGUGGAGAAAAGAUAUGAUACAAAGCUUUGUACCCAAAGGUUUUGGGGGGUGGUGACAUUGAAUUGUUGAGGGCCUUGAAUGCUGGGCAAAGGAGAUGGACUUUACUUGAAAAACAAUAGUGGAUUUGGAGCAUGGGUAAUGUGAAGAAGGAAGAGGUGUGUGUUUUCUUCUUUAUCCCAUAGGCCCUCGAUGUUCUAUGUCUGUAGUCAAUGUCUUUGACAGGGCUAUAUUGCUCAGGCUUGUAAAUCCCAGACUAGUUAGUGAGGUCCUCAAAUUAUCACCCACAAGAUUCCAAGGCAUGACUGAUCCAACAGCACAUUAACAGCAUUAGGUACAUAGAAUGAUAGGAAUGUGGAAUGCCGGAGCUAGAAGAGAUGUCAGAGCAGAGAAUACAGAAUGUCAGAACUGGAUAUGACAUUAGAAUGUGGCAUUAGAUCUGGGAGGUCCCAUAGGACAGAGGACAUCAGAACUGGCAGGGGCCUUACAACAGGGAAUGUCAGAGCUGGGAGGGCUCUUAAAACAGAAUGUCAGUGCAAAGAGGACGUUAGAACACAGGAUGUCAGAGUUUAAAAGUCCCUUAGAUAUCAUCUAAUCCAACCUUUUCAUUUUUCAAGGGAAUUAACUCAGGCCCAGAGAGGAGAAGGGACUUGUCCCAGAUCUCACAGAAAUGAGUAAAGCACAGUCUUGACCACAGGAUUUUGAACUUCCAAUUCUGAGCUCAUCCCCUCUCCCGCCUUCCUCCAUGAUAUUGGAUCUCUCUCAUCUAGAACUUCCGGGCCUGGUUCAGUUUUACUUUAUUUUCCUCCUUAAUUCCUUGAGAAAAUGUGUGACUCUAUCUGUGUAUUGUUGACUUAAUAAAAGAGGCUUUUCUGACAUGGAACCGGAGUCCAAAGGUGGACAUUCCCACCCAUAUUGGAGUAGAAAUCUCUUCUGUAAUGUCCUGACAAGUAACCACCCAGUCUGUCCUGGAAGAUUUCCAGUGAGGGAGAACUCACGACCCUUGAGUCAGCCCAUUCAACUUUGGGCUAGUUCUCCCUGGGACAAUUUCCCUCACAUUCAGCCGAACUUUUCUUCUUUAUUGGCUCCACUCAUGCUCCUAGAUCUGGUCUCUGGGCUCAAACAGGACAAAUCUAAUCCUUGUUCAAAAUGUCAUUAUUCAGUCAUUUUUCAGUUGAAUUGGACUCUUCAUGACCCCAUUUGGGUUUUCUUGGCAAAGACAC